AUGGCAGAGUUGGUGAUUACGCUGAAUGUGGCUAAAAGAGAAGGAGAUGAAAUGGUGAGGAAUCCUUAUACUUGUCUAGCCUGCAACAAAAGUUUCAGCAAUGGACAGGCUUUUGGAGGCCACAAAAGGAUACACUCCUUGAAGAAAAAAGAAAAGAAGCCUAUUGAGGUGAUUAUUCUUGAUUUCUCUCGAGAGAAUCCAUGGUAUUAUAAGUGCUCAACCUGUCGAAAAACUUUUCGUACUGAAAGCUCUUUCAAGAAGCACCAGAAAAGCUCUUUCAAGGAGCACCAGAAAACUCAUCUUAAAAGAAAGAAACCAAAGGGUACUGUGGAACCUUCAAUCACUGCAAGCUAUACCAGGCCCUUAUCAACCACCUCCAGUGACGUAAUACUAGUGCAAGAUGAUCCAGUCAAAUUGGAGAAUGGUGAAGAGCACAGGCUUUCAGAUAUGUCAAAAUUCUUGACCCCUGGCUGGUCAAAAACUGGUAAAAGAUCCCUGGUUGCUGGAGGUCUUGCACAGAUUUCAACUCCUGAGGAUGUACAUCAAGUUGCUAACGAUCUCAUUGUGCUAUCUUAUGGGGAAGCAAGAGCAGAAGAUCUUCCUCUUAAGAAGAGGAAGAUAGAGUUGCCACCUUUUGAAGAAAUGGAUUAUCAGCAUGAGGAAACUGUUCUGGACCACAUGCGCAAAGGAAAAGGUCAAGGAUUUGUCGCCAAUUCAUCAGGGGAUAUAAGGGAAGUAAUCUCAGGAGAUUUUAUUUGCCAAAAAUGCAACAGGUCUUUCCCGACUUAUCAAGCCUUAGGUGGUCACAACUCGCAUCAUAAGAGAGCUGCCAAGAAGGAAUCCAGAGUCAGAUUUCCGAAGUCUAAUGGCUCAUCAUCAAGCAAUCUUGCAGAACGUGCUAGUGCCAGGUGGCCACACAAGUGUUCGUUUUGCAACAAGUCCUUCAAAACGAGCCAGGCGCUCUCGGGCCAUAUAAGACAUAAGGCUCCCGUUCCCCCUGCUGCUGUUCCCCUUGUUGAGGUUGCUGUGGAGGAAAUUAUCGAGGAAGCAAUAGUUCAGGUACCUAAAAGGGCUCAUCUCUUUGAUCUCAAUGAACUGCCUCCACCUGAAGAUGGUGAUGGAAUAGAUGACGAGGACAUGGUACAGCCAGAAAACAGUACUCCUCGUCUUUCUUGGCAUGAGGGAGUUGGUGAUCCUGGAAGUUCCUCAACCCCAUCCCGUGGAGGAGAACUGGAGAACAACGGGGCCAACAUCUAG